AGUCCUGCUGUGGCAUUUUUGGAUGGCUUUGUGAAGCUUGCUGUGUCUGACAUAGCUUGUGCUAGAAGGUGGAUUGCGUGGUUUUGUGAGUUCAAUAAACAUCAACAUGAAGUUUUUUAAACCAGGAAGUCAGGUUUUUUUAAGAAACAAAUAAGGCCAACCAGGUAUGAAAAAGACUCAUGGCCACACCCAAGAAUUAAUGGUAUCAGAUUCAGUUCCUCCACCUAUACUGUUCUUAAGAAAGAAUUGGCACCAAAUCAGAUCUAUUCUGUUCUUACAGCCAAUUAUAGCAAGUUUCUGACAGCAUAAAAUGCUGCAGGAUUAUUUCUAUCCAAGCUUUGGACAAAAAGCUCAAAGGUCGGCUUGAGGAGAGGUCAUGCAACAGUCUAGAUAUGAAUUGGCACCAGAGCACCACCAUUCAGUUGAGUGGAUUAAUUUUCUCCCUCUUCGGUUGGGUCUUGUCAUGUGUUACAACUUAUGUGCCUCUGUGGAAGAGUCUUAACUUGGAAUUAAAUGACCUCGAAAUCUGGAAUAUGGGACUUUGGCAGACCUGUGUCAGUCAAGACGGAAGCACAAUGCAGUGUGAAAACUAUGCUUCUCUUCUGGCCCUGCCAUUAGAAGUCAAAGUUUCCAGGGUUCUAAUGGUUACUUCCAAUGGACUGGGUUUUCUUGCAUUCUCUUUGGCCAUUUUGGGAUCAAACUGCCUGAAGACAAGAGACACAAGGCAGAAAAUACACUUUGGGAUUGCUGGCGGAAUUCUCUUCUGUAUUUCCGGAAUAGCAACUCUUGUCCCCAUCUCCUGGAUUGCCUACAAGACAGUGCAAGAUUUUUGGGAUCAAACCACACCAGAUGUUGUCCCAAGAUGGGAAUUUGGUGAAGCACUCUUCCUGGGCUGGUUUGCUGGUUUUUUCCUGAUGCUAGGUGGCUGUCUUGUAAUCAGUGCUGCCUGUUUCCUAAAGACCAAGAAGUCAUCCAAGAGGUCAGUGAGCCACCGUAACGCGGAGAUAGCCGCUCUAUCCAAUCGGCAUCGACAUUCACCACGUAAAAAUGAAGUCCUUGUUGUCUGACACGUGUCCCAGUGCAUCUGGAUCUCACCUGGAAUGGGAUGAUGUAUCUGACAUGUGGAACAUUAGGGUUCUGGUUUAGAUUUCUGCAAAGGGCGGUCUGGGAAAUCACAUUUAACAAGGGGGACAA